UAAAUACAUUUAAUAACCAGCUGAAAAUUAAACACUCAAGACACGUAAAAGCAGACUGUUGACUUCUCUGUUAACUUCAACAAUGACUAGCAUAGAGCUUGGAGGAUGGUCUGAGGCGCAGGAUGCAACUGAGGAAACUCAGAAGAUUUGUGAUCAGGUGAAGCACCAAGUGGAGGAAAAGACAGGCAAGAACUAUGUGGAAUACAGAGUAAUCGAAUACAGGAAUCAGCUUGAGAAUGGAGAAACAUUUCUCAUCAAGGUUCAUGUUGGAGGAACGGACUACAUUCAUCUGAAGGUCCACCAAAUAAUAUUUCUUGUCAGAGACGUGCCGAGCCCAAAAGUUUUUCUAUAAGGUGUAGAGCAGCACAAAACCAAAGA